AAAAUCUUUUGAUUAAGAUAUAAAAAUUUUAGUUAUCGUUGAAACACGAACAAUAUCAAAUAUUAAAAAUUAAAAACGGAUAAAAUAAAAAAUUUUAUUUAAAAUAAUGAAGUUAUUUAUACAAUUUGUUACAUUAUUAUUCGGUUUAACAUUGGUAGUAGCUGAUGUUUCACAUAUUUUACAUCAACAGCAACAACAACAUGAAGAACCUUCAACACCUCCGCCACCUCCAAGACCAUAUGUAUUCAGUUAUUCUGCUGGUAGAGAACCAGGUUCUGUAGAUCGUACACAUACAGAAGUUUCAGAUGGUUCAGGUACAAUUAGAGGAUCAUUUUCUUAUGUUGAUCCAAAAAAUCAAGUAAGAACUGUUCAAUAUAUUGCUGAUGAAAAUGGUUUUCAUCCAAAAUUAAGUCAUGCACUAGAAGAUACAGAAGCAAAUCGUAGAGCUGCUGCAAAUCAUUUAAAACUUUAUAAUGAAAUAGCACAAGCUCAUGCAAAUUCAGGAAAUACAUUACAAGAUCAUGCUCGAGCAGUUGCAAAUGCUCCUCAUCCAUAUAACAGUCAAGCAGUUAUAAGUGCAACAAAUAAACAUUUAAAUUUAUAUGAUAAAAUUGUUCAAGAACAUGCUCACAUUGCAGCCGAGAGAGAAGCUGAACGUAUAGCAUUUGAAGCAACGUCAGAAGCAAAUCAUGUUGAUCAACAUUAUUAUUAAAAGUCUUAGUUAUUAUUUUAAUAAUUUCAUUUAAAAUUUUAUUCAAAAAAAAAAAAAAAUAGAAAUGCCGGAGGAUAUAGUGUUGUUUCAUUAAUUAUUUAUAAAUAAAUUUUUAAAGCAAAUUUUUCAA